AUGGCCGUGGCCUCCACUUGCGACGCCCUCAAGACGCCCUCCUACAUGGAGCUGAUAGUUUCCAUCGUCAUUCUUAUCGGUCUCUUGAUCUCGUACCUGCCACAGCACUAUCGCAUCAUCUCUCGAGGCACCUCCGAAGGCAUCUCCCCCUACUUUAUUCUUCUCGGCACAACCUCUGCCACCGCUGGCUUUGCCAACAUCCUGACUGUGGCACCCUCCCGCAGAGCCAUUGGCUGCUGCAAGGAGCUGGAAACAUUUGAGUGUGCCGCCGGACUGCUUGGUGUCGCCCAGCUCGGAACGCAAUGGCUAUGCUUCACUGCCAUCCUUGUGCUCUUCCUCAUCUUCUUCCGCUAUCGCGAGGCCAAUGUCCCUCAGGAGGAGCUUGGUGGAGAGAGCCCCAGAUGGCAAACGGCCGUCGCCGUUGGUGGCCUCUGCAUCCUUCACGGCCUGGUUGUCAUUGCCUUGACUGGUGUUUUCGCCAUCGCCAUGCCUGACCAGCUCAACCUGUGGGCUAAUUUCCUCGGCGUCAUGGCUGCCGUUCUGGCUGCCAUUCAGUAUAUUCCCCAGAUUUGGAUGACCUACCACCUUAAGCACGUCGGUAGCUUGAGCAUCCCCAUGAUGUGCAUCCAGACACCGGGUGGUCUCUUAUUUGCCGCCAGUCUCUUCAUGAGACUUGGCAUGGAGGGCUGGAGCACAUGGGCUAUUUACCUGUUGACGGCCGCCAUGCAGGGCAGCGUGCUGGCCAUGGGAAUCUACUACGAAGUUGCGAGACGCAGCGAAGAAUAUGCGCACAGCUACACCAGCAGUGCGCCACAAUCUCCCAUUGAGCAUCACGCUACGCCACAGCGCCCAUACGCUCCUCGCACCUACUCCGAGGGCUGGGAGCGUGGCCUGCCGGGCCCCUUUACGGGUCACCCCGAGCGAUACGCCGAAACCGAGGAGGAUCUGGACGAUAUCGAGGAACGAGAGGAGCGAGCUAUUGCCAGAGAGAACCAGCCACUUCUCCGACCUGGCGGCAUUGGCAACCCGCACAAGAACUAUCACUCGACCUCGCGCCACUGA